UGGCUUUUUGUUACAGAUGUCUUUCUUCUCGAGGCCAGCCCCAUCCAAUUUUUUUAUUUCCUGUUUGUGCUAGAGGUCCAACCAGCGGAGCGAGUGCAUGUGCACUAAUCAACACACACAGAAGAAGCUGGUUAGAGUUAAGAUGGCGGCAUGUGGGUGAGGAGGCUGGGAUCUAACUCGAGCUUUUUCGCCCUUAAAAGAUUCCUAUGAAUCCUCAUAUAUACAGUAAUCGAAAGAGUACCCAUUUCCACACGUCUCGGUGUGAUUUUGGAUUAGCCCAAUGACAUCUAUACACUUCGUGGUUCACCCGUUGCCCGGGACCGAGGAUCAGCUCAAUGACAGACUCCGUGAAGUCUCAGAGAAGCUCAACAAGUAUAGUUAUAACAGCCAUCCACACCUUAGUCUGCUGGAGCAGGCCACCCUAAAACAGUGUGUUGUCGGUCCAAACCAUGCCGGAUUUCUCCUUGAGGAUGGACGUGUAUGCAGAAUCAGCUUUGCUGUCCAGCCGGAUCGCCUGGAGCUCAACAAGCCGGAUGGCAGCGAUGGUUCAAAGUUGAGCAGUGGUUCAGGGACAGGAAGGAGCUCCAGGCCAGGCAGGACCAGUGAUCCACCCUGGUUCCUGUCUGGUUCUGACACACUGGGCAGACUGGCAGGCAACACCCUUGGGAGUCGCUGGAGCUCUGGUGUAAAUGGAGGCAGUGGUGGAGGUGGAAGUGGAGGAGGAGCAGGAGGAGGUGGAGCAGGAGGUGGAAGCAGUGGAGGAGGAGGCGGAGGAGGCGGAGGCACAUCGGGUAGGUCGUCAACAGCAGCUCGCGACUCCCGUCGACAGACCAGGGUCAUCCGUACAGGAAGAGACAGAGGCUCAGGACUUCUGAGUAGCCAGCCUCAGCCUGUCAUACCUGCUUCUGUCAUCCCCGAAGAACUCAUUACUCAGGCCCAGGUAGUUCUUCAAGGGAAAUCCAGGAGUGUGAUCAUUAGGGAGCUCCAGAGAACCAACCUAGAUGUCAACCUCGCCGUAAAUAACCUGCUGAGCCGGGAUGAUGAAGAUGGAGAUGAUGGCGAUGACACUGCCAGCGAGUCUUACCUCCCUGGAGAGGAUCUGAUGUCCCUGUUGGAUGCAGAUAUCCAUUCAGCCCAUCCCAGCGUCAUCAUUGAUGCUGAUGCCAUGUUCUCUGAGGACAUUAGCUACUUUGGCUAUCCCUCUUUUAGACGCUCGUCACUGUCUCGCCUGGGAUCCUCCAGAGUUCUCCUUCUUCCCUUAGAGCGUGACUCAGAGCUGUUGCGUGAACGUGAGUCUGUAUUGAGGUUACGUGAGCGUCGGUGGCUCGACGGGGCCUCUUUUGACACGGAGCGCGGUUCCACCAGCCGUGAGGGUGAACCAAGCCUUGACAAGAAGAGUAUCCCUGUGCAGAGCCCCGUUUCCCUGGGAGAGGAGCUCCAGUGGUGGCCUGACAAGGAUGGUGUGAAGUUUGUGAGCAUUGGAGCAAUGUUCUCAGAGCUGGUAGCUGUGAGCUCCAAAGGAGAGCUGUAUCAGUGGAAGUGGAGUGAAUCCGAACCCUACAGGAAUCCACAGAAUCCUGCUAUUCAUCACCCACGUAUAUCCUUCCUGGGGCUGGCUAAUGAGAAGAUUACCUUACUGUCUGCCAAUAGCAUCAGGGCCACUGUAGCUACAGAGACCAACAAGGUGGCAACCUGGGUGGACGAAACACUGAGCACCGUAGCCUCAAAGCUGGAGCACAGUGCACAGGCUUUCCCUGAGCUGCAGGGGGAACGCAUGGUGUCGCUGCAUUGCUGUGCACUCUACACAUGUGCACAGCUGGAGAAUAGCCUCUACUGGUGGGGUGUUGUGCCUUUCAGUCAAAGGAAGAAGAUGCUUGAAAAGGCCAGAGCCAAGAACAAAAAGCCAAAAUCCAGUGCUGGCAUCUCCUCAAUACCCAACAUCACUGUGGGAACACAGGUGUGUUUGAGAAACAAUCCCCUUUACCAUGCCGGUGCAGUGGCCUUUUCUGUCAGUGCUGGAAUUCCCAAAGUGGGUGUCCUCUUGGAGUCUGUCUGGAACAUGAACGACAGCUGCAGGUUCCAGCUGCGCUCACCAGAGAGCCUGAAGAACAUGGAGAAGACCACUAAGACCCAGGAAAUCAAGACUGAAAGCAAGCCAGAGCUGGUGAAGACUGAAAUGGGUCCUCCUCCCUCCCCAGCAUCUACUUGCAGUGAUACCUCUUCCAUUGCUAGCAGUGCCUCUCUGCCCUACAAGCGAAGACGCUCUACACCAGCUCCCAAAGAGGAAGAAAAGGUCAAUGAGGAGCAGUGGCCUCUUAGAGAGGUAGUCUUUGUGGAAGAUGUUAAAAAUGUUCCUGUGGGAAAGGUGCUUAAAGUUGAUGGCGCGUAUGUUGCUGUCAAGUUUCCUGGGACAUCAAGCAGCAUGAGCAACCAGAGCACUGCCGCUCCUCCUGAUUCAGACCCGUCAUCGCUGUUGCAGGACUGUAGGCUCCUCAGAAUAGAUGAGCUACAGGUGGUUAAAACUGGUGGCACUCCAAAAGUUCCAGACUGUUUUCAGCGAACACCUAAAAAGCUCUGUAUCCCAGAAAAAGCUGAGAUUCUGGCUGUAAAUGUUGACUCCAAAGGAGUCCACGCAGUGCUGAAAACUGGUAACUGGGUAAGGUACUGUAUCUUUGACCUGGCCACAGGCAAAGCUGAGCAGGAGAAUAACUUCCCUACUAGUAACCUGGCCUUCCUCGGGCAGAAUGAGCGCAAUGUGGCUAUCUUUACUGCAGGACAGGAGUCUCCCAUCAUCCUCCGAGAUGGAAAUGGCACAAUCUACCCUAUGGCCAAAGACUGCAUGGGUGGAAUUCGAGAUCCUGAUUGGUUGGACCUGCCACCUAUAAACAGCCUGGGAAUGGGGGUGCACUCUCUGGCCAAUCUCCCUUCAAACUCCACCAUUAAAAAGAAAGCUGCUAUUAUUAUUAUGGCUAUCGAGAAGCAGACGCUAAUGCAGCAUGUGCUGCGCUGCGACUAUGAGGCGUGUCGGCAGUACCUGGUCAACCUUGAGCAGGCCUUCCUGUUAGAUCAGGGCAGCCAAGCCCUCGGAGCACUUUUGGGUCAUCGAUGUGAUGGAAACCGCAACAUCCUCCAUGCUGCCGUCUCAGUCUGCUUCCCCGUUAGUAACAAAGAGACCAAAGAAGAGGAAGAAGCUGAAAGGUCAGAGAGGAACACAUUUGCAGAGCGUCUGUCUGCUGUGGAGGCGAUUGCCAAUGCCAUCUCUGUGGUCUCAAGCAAUAGCUCUGGAAAUAGGACCGGCUCCUCCAGCAGCAGAGGCCUUCGUCUUAGGGAGAUGAUGCGGAGGUCUUUAAGAGCAGCAGGUCUUGGUCGACAUGAAUCUGGCCCGUCAUCCAGUGACCAUCAGGAUCCUGUGUCCCCGCCCAUUGCUCCACCAAGUUGGGUUCCUGACCCUCCACCCAUGGACCCUGAUGGAGACAUCGACUUCAUUUUAGCACCAGCUGUGGGUUCACUCACCACUGCUUCCACUGGUAGCAGCCAGGGACCGAGCACCUCCACAAUACCAGGGCCGUCCACUGAGCCUUCUGUGGUUGAGUCUAAAGACAGGAAGGCCAAUGCCCACCUUAUCCUUAAGCUGAUGUGUGACAGCGUUGUUCUGAGGCCACACUUACGGGAGCUGCUCUCUGCAAAGGAUGCCCGAGGAAUGACCCCGUUCAUGCUAGCUGUCAGUGGAAGAGCUUACCCAGCAGCUAUCACCGUGCUUGAGGCUGCACAGAAAAUGGCCAAGGUUGGUGACCUGGGUAUCACAGAGAAGGAGGAUGCUGAUUCGGUGUUCAUGGAAAUGAUUUGCCCCUCGGGUACAAACCCAGAUGAUUCUCCCCUGUAUGUUCUCUGCUGCAAUGACACCUGCAGUUUUACAUGGACUGGAGCUGAGCACAUUAACCAGGAUAUCUUUGAGUGUCGAACAUGUGGCUUGCUGGAGUCCCUCUGCUGUUGCACUGAAUGUGCAAGGGUGUGUCACAAAGGACAUGACUGCAAGUUGAAAAGGACUUCACCUACAGCGUACUGUGACUGUUGGGAGAAAUGCAAGUGUAAAACGCUCAUAGCUGGUCAGAAAGCAGCUCGCCUGGAUCUGUUGUACAGGCUACUCACCACCACAAACCUGGUUACAACACCAAACAGCAGGGGAGAGCAUAUAUUACUGUUCCUGGUGCAGACUGUUGCCAGGCAGAGUGUUGAGCACUGUCAGUACAGACCACCGCGCAUCAGAGAAGAUAGGAACCGCAAGGCUGCUAAUGCAGAAGACUCUGACAUGCCAGACCACGAUCUAGAACCUCCCCGCUUUGCUCAGCUGGCUCUGGAGAGAGUCCUGCAGGAUUGGAAUGCCCUAAAGUCAAUGAUCAUGUUUGGUUCUCAGGAGAAUAAAGACCCACUUAGUGCCAGCAGCAGAAUUGCUCACCUCCUACCUGAAGAGCAGGUCUACUUGAAUCAGCAGAGUGGCACCAUUCGCCUUGACUGUUUUACUCACUGCCUCAUUGUCAAGUGUGCUCCUGACAUCACUUUCAUAGAUACUUUACUGGGUACUCUGGUAAAGGAGCUGCAGAACAAGUACACACCCGGUCGAAGAGAGGAGGCUAUCAAUGUCACCAGAAGGUUCUUGCGCUCUGUGGCCCGAGUUUUUGUCAUCCUCAGUGUGGAGAUGGCGUCAUCAAAAAAGAAAAACAAUUUCAUCCCUCAGCCCAUUGGGAAAUGUCGGCGUGUUUUCCAGGCUCUGCUGCCCUAUGCUGUGGAGGAGCUGUGUAAUGUAGCAGAGUCACUAAUUGUCCCAGUGCGAAUGGGUAUUGCAAGACCGACCGCUCCUUUCACUUUGGCCAGCACCAGCAUUGAUGCUGUUCAGGGCAGCGAGGAGCUUUUCUCUGUUGAACCGCUGCCACCACGACCCUCACCUGACCAGUCCAGCAGCUCCAGCCAGACAGCUGCCUCUUAUAUCAUCAGGAACCCUCAGCCCCGGCGCAGCAGCCAGUCUCAGCCUGUCAGAGGAAGAGAUGAGGAGCAGGAUGACAUUGUAUCAGCAGAUGUGGAAGAGGUUGAAGUUGUAGAGGGUGUAGCUGGGGAGGAAGACCAUCACGACGACCAGGAAGAGCAGGGAGAGGAAAAUGCUGAAGCAGAAGGCCAGCACGAUGAGCACGACGAGGAUGGAAGUGACAUGGAGUUGGACCUGUUGGCAGCAGCUGAAACGGAGAGCGACAGCGAAAGCAACCACAGCAAUCAGGACAACGCCAGCGGUCGCAGGAGCGUUGUUACAGCAGCUACUGCUGGUUCUGAAGCAGGCAGUAGGGUGUCCUUGGCAUUUCCUAUUUUUGGUGCCAGCAGUGUCCCCGCCUUCUUUUCAGAGGAUGACUCUCAGUCCAAUGACUCCAGUGACUCAGACAGCAGCAGCAGCCAAAGUGACGAUGUUGACCAGGAGACGUUUCUGCUGGAUGAGCCUCUGGAAAGGACAACUAAUGCAUCACAUGCUAACAGUGCAGCUCAGGCUCCUCGCUCCAUGCAGUGGGCUGUGAGAAACACCCCCAGCCAAAGGGCACCGGGAAGCGCUCCCUCCAGCACCUCAACACCAGCCGCAAGCUCCACAGGCCUGAUAUAUAUUGACCCCACUAACCUGCGGCGCUCAAGUGCAAUCAGCUCUAGUGCCGCUGCAGCGGCGGCAGCUUUGGAGGCCAGCAACUCCAGCAGCUACCUGACGUCUGCCAGCAGUCUCGCCCGCGCCUACAGCAUUGUCAUCAGGCAGAUCUCAGACCUCAUGAGUCUGAUUCCCAAAUAUAAUCAUCUUGUCUACUCCCAGUAUCCUGCUGCUGUCAAGCUCACCUACCAGGAUGCUGUCAACCUGCAGAACUAUGUAGAAGAAAAGUUAAUUCCCACCUGGAACUGGAUGGUGUCCAUCAUGGAUUCCACUGAGGCUCAGCUGCGAUACGGCUCAGCCCUGUCAUCUGCUGGAGAUCCCGGUCACCCCAGUCACCCACUCCAUGCCUCCCAGCACUCAGCUCGUAGGGAGCGCAUGACUGCUCGAGAGGAGGCCAGCCUCCGCACUCUGGAAGGACGCAGUAUUUGUUUUAGGAGGGCAGCCACACUGCUAACGGCUCGUCAAGGCAUGAUGUCUGCACGUGGUGACUUCCUGAACUACGCCCUGUCACUGAUGCGCUCCCACAAUGAUGAGCACUCUGAUGUGCUUCCAGUGCUGGACGUGUGCUCGCUGAAGCAUGUGGCUUACGUUUUCCAGGCUCUCAUCUACUGGAUUAAAGCCAUGAAUCAGCAGACCACCCUGGACACGCCACAGAUGGAUAGAAAGAGGAAUCGAGAGAUUUUGGAGCUUGGGUUGGACAAUGAAGAUUCUGAGCAUGAGAAUGAUGAGGACACCAAUCAGAGUUCAACACUGCAGGACAAGGAUGAGGACCCAGUUCCAGCUGAGACGGGUCAGAACCACCCCUUCUUCCGUCGCUCUGACUCAAUGACUUUCCUCGGGUGCAUCCCACCAAAUCCCUUCGAUGUUCCUCUGGCUGAGGCCAUCCCUCUGGCAGACCAGCCCCACCUCCUGCAGCCCAAUGCCAGAAAGGAAGAUCUGUUUGGUCGUCCAUCUCAGGGCCUGUACUCUUCCUCUUACAUGGCAACCAAAGGCCUGGCUGAGGCAACCAUGGACAGGAACUGCCUGGAGGUAAACAUGGGCUCCUCUCUACCCUCCCCCUCUCAGAUCCUGCCCACUAAGAUGUCUUACUCAGCUAACCUGAAGAAUGUGAUGAGCAUGGAGACAGGCCAGCGGAGCACCGAGAACCAGUCGCUGGCAGAGCAGGAGCUGGAGGCUUCCAAACCUGGCCCAUCACCCCACGACCUUGCUGCCCAGCUAAAGAGCAGCCUGCUUGCUGAGAUUGGCCUCACUGAGAGUGAUGGCCCUCCUCUCCCAUCGUUCAGACCUCACUGCAGUUUUAUGGGGAUGAUGAUCUCCCACGACAUGCUGCUGGGCCGCUGGCGCCUCUCACUGGAGCUUUUUGGUCGUGUCUUCAUGGAGGAUGUUGGAGCUGAGCCUGGAUCGAUCCUCACAGAGCUUGGCGGCUUUGAGGUGAAGGAAUCCAAGUUCCGUCGAGAGAUGGAGAAGUUGAGGAACCUGCAGUCCCGUGACCUGGCGCUGGAAGUGGACCGUGAUCGAGACCAGCUAAUACAACAGACUAUGCGUCAGCUAAACACACACUUUGGCAGGCGUUGUACAACCACACCCAUGGCGGUACACCGGGUGAAAGUGACUUUCAAAGAUGAGCCUGGAGAGGGCAGUGGCGUGGCCCGCAGCUUCUACACGGCCAUCGCUCUGGCCCUCCUUUCCAAUGAAAAGCUGCCCAACCUGGACUGUGUUCAGAGCGUCAGCAAGGGCAUGCAGGCCAGCAGUACGUGUCAUCACGAUUACAAUUCAAAUCUAAUGCAGCGUCUCAGGAACAGAGACCGGGAGAGGGAGAGGAGAAGUGGUGGGCUUCGAGCAGGAUCUCGGAGAGACCGAGACAGAGACUCUAGGAGGCAGCUGUCCAUAGACACCAGGCCUUUCAGGCCGUCAUCAGAAGGAAACCCCAGUGAUGAGCCUGACCCUCUGCCUGCACACAGACAAGCCCUGGGCGAAAGGCUCUAUCCACGAGUCCAUGCAAUGCAGCCGGCUUUCGCCAGUAAAAUCACCGGCAUGUUGCUGGAGCUGUCUCCUGCCCAGCUGUUGCUGCUGCUAGCUAGCGAGGAUUCUUUGAGAGCCAGAGUAGAAGAGGCCAUGGAGCUACUCAUUGCACAUGGAAGGGAAAAUGGAGCUGACAGUAUUCUGGACCUCGGUCUCCCAGAGGCUCCAGAGAAAUCACAACAGCAGGAGAACCGCAAACGUCACGGUUCAACACGCAGUGUGGUUGACAUGGAGCUGGACGACCCAGAUGACGGUGACGACAACGCUCCUCUCUUCUACCAGCCUGGCAAACGAGGCUUCUACUCCCCUAGACCCGGCAAAAAUACAGAGGCCAGACUCAACUGCUUCCGUAAUAUUGGAAGAAUACUGGGCUUAUGUCUGCUGCAGAAUGAACUCUGUCCAAUCACACUGAACAGACAUGUCAUCAAGGUGCUGCUUGGUAGGAAGGUGAACUGGCAUGACUUUGCGUUCUUUGACCCGGUUAUGUAUGAGAGCCUGCGGCAGCUAAUCCGCCAUUCACAGGCUGGUGAAGCCGAAGCAGUGUUUGCUGCCAUGGAUUUGGCUUUCGCCAUUGAUCUCUGCAAAGAGGAAGGAGCUGGACAGGUUGAGCUCCUGUCUGGAGGGGUCAACAUGCCAGUAACUCCCCUCAAUGUUUACGAAUAUGUGAGGAGGUACGCAGAGCACAGAAUGCUGGUGGUUGCUGAGCAGCCGCUUCAUGCAAUGAGGAAGGGCUUGCUCGAUGUACUGCCCAAGAACGCCUUAGAGGACUUGACAGCUGAAGACUUCAGGCUGCUAGUCAACGGCUGUGGAGAGGUCAAUGUCCAGAUGCUUAUUAGCUUCACCUCCUUCAACGAUGAGUCUGGGGAAAACGCAGACAAACUUCUCCAGUUUAAACGCUGGUUUUGGUCCAUAGUGGAGAAGAUGAGCAUGACUGAGAGACAAGAUCUGGUGUACUUCUGGACCUCCAGCCCAUCUUUGCCAGCCAGCGAGGAGGGCUUCCAGCCGAUGCCUUCCAUCACGAUCCGGCCUCCAGACGACCAGCACCUCCCCACAGCCAACACCUGCAUCUCCCGUCUCUACGUGCCACUCUACUCUUCAAAACAGAUACUCAAACAGAAACUCCUGCUAGCCAUUAAGACCAAGAAUUUUGGUUUUGUGUAG